CUGGGAAGUCGGAGCAGCUGACUCUCCAGCUUGCCUUGUAAUUAGCAAACCGAGCACUCCUCUCCCCGCCCCCCUCGCUCCCUCUCCCCCUCGCAGCAGCCUUCCCUCCCUCCCUCGCUCCCUCCCUCGCUCCUUCUUGCACACUCUCACACCCUCACUCUCCUUCUCCCUGGCCCGGCAGCGGCGGCUGCUCCCGGCCCCGGGUGCUGGCGCCCGCCCAGGCGGAGGGUGGGAAGGAGGCGGGAGGGGGGUCCAUGCUCGGCUUGUCGCCCGGGGGGCACCCGGGGAAGGUUAUGAAGGCAGAAUGGAGUUCCCGGACCACAGCCGGCAGCUGCUGCAGUGCCUGAGUCAGCAGAGACACCAAGGAUUCCUGUGCGACUCCACUGUGCUCGUCGGGGAAGCUCGGUUCCAGGCUCAUAGAGCUGUGCUCGCUUCCUGCAGCAUGUACUUCUACCUCUUCUACAGGGACCAGUUAGACAAAAGGGAGAUUGUGCAUCUGAACAGUGACAUUGUCACGGCCCCAGCCUUCAGCCUGCUGCUUGAAUUCAUGUAUGAGGGCAAGCUGGAGUUGAGCAGCCUGCCUAUUGAGGACAUCCUAGCUGCUGCCAGCUACCUCCACAUGUAUGACAUUGUCAAAGUCUGCAAGGGUAAACUAAAGGAAAAAGAACUAGUGAUUGAGGAAGAGAAGGACAGACCUUUCCUGGGCCCUAGCAUAUCCCUGGACCAUGAGUUAGAAUUGCCUGGCCAGCCAAGAUUCAGUCCCCUUGAGUACGAUCGGUCUGGGGCUCACCCCACCUGGUCCAACAACCUCUUGGGGCCUGCCUCGUUGUCCAAAAAAGCAGAGCUUAGUCCAGGUCCUGGGAAGGCCAAACCCUUGGAUAAUGGUGUGGGGGUCUCUCUGUCUCAGAGGACUGAGCUCCCAAUACCCACUCCGGCUCCUGGUGACUCAGAGUGUGCUCUGGAUCUGUCUCUGAAGCCCAUUUCAGGGAGGGAUGCCCUCCAUACCUCCUACGUCUUCAGACAGCUGGCUUCUGAUCAUCGGCAGCAGGAAGCAGAGCUGAUGGUGAAAGAUGAGCAGGACUCGUUGUCAGACCAGGAGGAUGGCAAGGCAAGGAGUCCAGAGGGCCAACCAUUUGGGCCUGUGGCUAAAAGCCUGGUCACAGGCCUGGGUCACAUGUUUCAUGGCCAAGAAGAUGAGCUAGAUCCGGAGCGGGAUGAGAGUGAAGAUGACCUGGAUGCAUCAGAUCUCUCUGCUUCAGAGGUUCUGGGGCCCCCCGGCCACAUCUGCAUCUGCCCCCUCUGCAGCAAGGUAUUCCCCAAUCCCCACGUCCUGCAGCUGCACCUGAGUUCUCACUUUCGGGACAAAGACGGUGGCUCCAGGGCUCGAUUGUCACCAGAGGGGUCAGUCCCCACCUGCACUCUCUGUGGAAAGACCUUCUCGUGCAUGUACACCCUUAAGAGGCAUGAGCGGACCCACUCAGGCGAGAAGCCGUACACUUGUGUGCAGUGUGGCAAGAGCUUCCAGUACUCGCACAAUCUUAGCCGGCACGCGGUGGUGCACACUCGGGAAAAGCCUCAUGCCUGCAAGUGGUGUGAGCGCCGUUUUACACAGUCUGGGGAUUUGUACCGGCACAUCCGAAAGUUCCACUGUGGCCUUGUCAAGUCCCUGGUGGUGUGAAGGGUGCUGAAGGAGUUGGGGUUGAGCUGAAGUGUGUGCAUGUGUAUGUGUGCGUGCGUGUGUGUGUGUGUGUGAUUUGGAGAAUGGUUGUAGCUGCGGCACCCAGCCCGAGGGGCUUUGGGGUGUAAAGCUGGGCGGUCCUACUGCAGGACAGGGACAUGCAGAAACCGUUGUGGAGAGGUGGUCUUGCAUCACCACUCCCUGGAAUGCCUGAUCUAACCUCUGAGUUGAAUUCUGAAGCUGCCUCUAGAAAAGCCUUUUUUCCAGGGAUAUGAUUAGAGGCCGAGAGGACCUGUCUUUUGAAGUUCUUACCUCGUGAUGUUUUUUUUUCCCUUAUUUGUUUUUUUUCUUAGCUCAGAAAGAAGAGAAUGUGCUUCUUAGAAACUAAAAUGCUUUCUAUGCUGACUUCCCUAUUUCUGCCAACUGGGCUCUGCGCAGCAAGCAUUCGGAGACAGAGAGAUAGAGAGACCCCUUUAAGUUCCACUUAACAUUCUCUUCUUGAUCGUUUCUCAGGAGGUUUUACGUAGUUGUUUCUCAUUUCCACUAUUCACUUUCUAGAUUUCCUUUGAGUAAAUGUCAUUUUCAAGACUUCUUUUAUUGAUCUUAUGGAUUGUUUGUCUUCCUUCCCUGGGCCUUUUGGAAUGUAAAGGGAAUAAUUAUAGGACUUGCCUUUUUCCUUUUGCCCUUUCCCAAUGAAGAACAUGUAUGUCAUGCAGAAUGAUGUCUUUGGGAAUUAGUGAGUUCUAUUAGAGGCUUGGGAUCAGGAUAGAAAUGGAAGCUCUUUGAUAUACUGGGAAUAGUGGGGGCAGAAUUUGGUGUUGGAUGAGCCACAGAACAAACAAGACAUUCCAAGUUCCUGGUUCUGAGUUGGAAAGAUUGGGACUGGAGGGCUGGGGAAUGGUAGCCAUGGGAGAAGACCAGGAAAGUGACAAGUAGAGUAAUAGGUAUGCCCUUGGAAAGGUAGGAACAGUUGUUAUUCAAGUAUGUAUAUUGAGGCAAGUAGUGGAAAGAACAUUUGAGGUCCCCAUAUUCUGUCAAAUGUAGGAUUUAAGGCAGGAAGAUCCAGUAGUUCAAAACUGUUUUAAAGACAGAUUUAACAUGGGAUCAGAAAUAAAUGGGUCCUUUGGAGUUAUUAAAGAAUCUGAGAGUUCACCCAAGUUGGAGCUACCUUCUCUAUGCAAAGUCUCAAGUGAAUGGCCAGCCUCUCUUUAGGGCAUGGGAAUUGAAUGUACCUCUUAGAAGGCUUGCUGGUGGAGUCUGAGAAGGAGGUCAGAUUUAACUUUGUCAAUUAUUUUUCCUCUUUGAGUCUGAGUCCCUGAGUGUGUCUGAGCAAAUGAUGUUGGGUGUGUUUGUGGAUCUGAGUGUUGCUCAGCUGGCUGGUCUCCUAACUGAGGUGGGGCUGAGAGGGAUUGACCACUGACCACUGCUUCCUCAUCAUCCACUCCCCCACUAACCUGGAAUUUCCAUAAGGUUGCUUGUUAUUAAUAGCACUGAGCUUACUUUCUGAAACACUUCAGAUUUUUCUAGGGGGGGUGGGGUGGG